CGUUACAUUGCAGAAUGCUAACUAACUAGCCAACAUUAGUUUCCGGUAACAUGAAAACCUUUAACGUCGUUUUUUGGUGUUUGCCAGAUGAAGAUCAGUAACUAGGCCUUUUUAAACAAAGUAGUGUCCGUAACAAACUGGGAGCUCUUUGGGGACCAGUAAAUCUAUUUUCUUAUUGUAAGUGGACACCAGCGGUGAACCAUCAUGCCUACAGUGGUGCUAAUGGACGUGUCCCUGUCUAUGACACGGCCGGUGUCUCAGGAUGGCAGCGAGGAGUUUCAGAGGAAGAACCUGGCCGUACACGGACUGAACAUGUUGUUUGAACACAUGGCUUCCAACUAUCGCUUGGAGUUCACAGCACUGAUGGCCUUUUCCUCCCUCUGGGAGCUACUGGUCCCUUUCAACAGGGAUUACAACGCAUUACAAGAGGCGCUUGGCAACCUGGAAGAUUAUGAUAAGACGUGUAUUGAAUCAGCUCUUCAUGGAGUUAGUAAUGUAGUUCAGCAGGAAUGGGGCAGCGCCUGUCCCUGUCAGGUGGUGCUAGUUACUGACGGAUCUCUCGGAAUUGGAAAGGGUUCCCUACGUCACUCUCUCCAUAACCUAAAGCAUCGUGGAGAUGACAAGAAGUUCCCACUCCCUUUUCCCUUCCCCACCAAAAUGUUCAUCAUGUGUAUAGCUAAUGCAGAGGAGUUACAAAUGACUGAUGCCAUGGAAAACUUAGAGGAGCUGCUCCAUCUCAGUGGAGGGGAUGGACAGAUCUUCACUGUGGAUGGUCCACUUUGCAUGAAAACUGUACAAGCCAUGUUUGGGUCGUUGAUCGAUCGUGCAUACUCCCCCUUCCAUGCAGUGCUGCAUUGUGGGAAUUUGUCAUCAGACGUUCAGGUUUUCCCUCGUCCUGAGCCUGUCGUGAUGGAUGAAGAGGUGGACCCAAUUCCCCGAGCAGUCAAUCCAGAUCUUAAAAUUGUGGGUUUCAUCGAAAUUGCUGACAUUUCCAGUCCUCCUGUAAUAUCCAGACACUUGGUCCUUCCUAUUGCUGUGAACAAAGAUGUGGAUGAAGUUGGAACAGGAGCCACAGAUGAGCUUGAGGAGGAACCCUCUGCCAGCCAAAUGGCAGGCAAAAGUCCUAAUUUUUGUGUUCUUUUACAUGGAAGUCUGAAGGUUGAGGGAAUGGUGGCACUGGUCCAGCUGGGGCCAGAGUGGUUUGGGAUGUUGUACUCCCAAGCAGACAGCAAGAAGAAGUCCAACCUGAUGAUGUCUCUGUUUGAGCCUGGCUCAGAGCCUCUGCCCUGGCUGGGCAAGAUCUCUCAUUUAGGCCCCAUUUCAGAGGCUGCUGAAAAUCCCUAUGGAGAGGAUGACAGUAAAAGUCCUUUUCCUGUGCAGCCAUCGGUCAAAAGAAGCUACGCCCUGAAUGCCACUGUGUGGAUUAAGGCCAGUGGACUGCAGACUGAUGUCCAGAAGAUCCUGAGGAACGCGAGAAAAAUACCAGAUAAAACUCAGACUUUUUACAAAGAGCUGAACCGUCUGCGGAAAGCUGCUUUGGCUUUUGGUUUCUGGGAGCUCUUGAAAGGAGUGGCUGAGCUCCUGGAGAGGGAGUGCACCCUGCUGCCAGACUCCGCCCACCCCGAUGCAGCUUUCCAGCUCUCCCAUGCCGCACAUCAACUCAAACUAGCCAGCUCCGGUGACUCCCAGUACGCUGCUUUUGAGCACAACAUUCAACCCAUGCAUACUGACUUUUCAAGCUGAGACAACGCUUUGGAAUGAAUUCUAAAGUUGGACAGUUCGGGAGCAUCCAGAAGGCUGUGUGGAGAACCAAUUUCUGGAAAACGAAGGCAUCGUUUUGUGUACAUAACUUUUUAUUUUCAUUC